UUUUACUUGGGUGUUCACAAGUUGCCGAGACACCGCACCGUUAACUUCGCGUUCGACGUUUUAAGUUUUAUCCAAAGUUUGUUAUUUGUUAUUUUUAUCGUCAUCGGAUUUAUGACACGCGUGUGUUUACAAUAAAUAUCACUAUCGCUGGUAUUUUUUGUCUUUUAACACUCGAUGAUAAACUGGAAUUUAAAUAAUUUAUUAUUUUUGAAAAAGUGAAGUGUUUUUUCGGAGCGGUGAAUUUUUUGAGUGACUCAUUGUUAACACGAGUGUUAUCAACAAACCUCGUGGAUGAUUAUAAGCCAAUAAUAAGAUUUCUCUAGAUCAUAGAAUUUACUAGAGUGUAAUUGUAUAAAAAGUAUAUUGUUAGUACAGACAUUUAUAUAAAUAUCAAAUAUAACAAUAAGGAUUAAUGUGGAGUUACAUAAAUUUUUGAUUCGCGGUUGACAACCUGCUCAGGCGGGGAAUUAGCAGCCUACGUUUAAACGAGGCGAGGCCUUUCGCUGGUUUUGAAAGAGUUAAAUUUUUAAAAAGCUGGAGAAUAAAAAGAGUUAAAGCGGAAGUUGUUUCUUAAAAAAAGUUUUACUGUUUAAGUUAAAAAAAAAAAAAAAACAUUUGGUUAAAUAAUAAAUAAAAGUUUAAAAUUCCGAUGGUGCGCAGUCUUACGAUGGAGCCGACGUUUUAUGAGGAGCCGAUUUACGGUAAUGGAAAUCGUGAUAAUCUGGGACAAUUAAAACGUAAUUUGACGUUAGAUUUAAAUGGACAACGUCAACAACAACAAAAUAAAAGGCCACGACUUGGACCACUACCAACGGUACUUAAUAAUUGUACAUCUGUAUUAAGUUCACCGGAUCUUCAUAUGUUGAAAUUGGGUUCCCCAGAAUUAGAAAAAUUAAUAAUCGCCCAACAGGACGGUCUUGUUACGACGAUGCCAACACCAACAAAUCAAAUUCUUUUUCCCCGAACGGUCACCGAAGCCCAGGAAUUGUACGCACGUGGUUUUGUUGAUGCACUUAAUGAGUUGCAUCAUUCCGACAGUUCUCAAGAACCCGGAAGUAUUCACGGCGCGACUUACACGACAUUGGAACCACCCAGUAGUGUCCAGAGUACGGAAUCCCUGUCUCAGAGUUUGAUAAUGAUAAAAGAUGAGCCGCAAACGGUACCGAGUGUCAGCAGUUCGCCUCCAAUGUCACCCAUAGAUAUGGAGAGUCAGGAAAAAAUAAAAUUAGAAAGAAAACGGCAGCGCAAUCGUGUCGCCGCUUCAAAGUGUCGAAGACGUAAAUUAGAAAGAAUUUCAAGGCUUGAGGACAAGGUCAAGUUGCUCAAAGGUGAAAACACGGAAUUGAGUACCGUCGUACACAAACUAAAGGAACACGUGUGCCGUCUCAAAGAACAGGUGAUGGACCACGUGCACUCUGGGUGUCACAUUGCCGGUAUACCUGUACAAUAUUAAGAUUUAAAUGAAUAUCUGUAUUAUAUUAUUAUAAUUAAAUCAAGAAGAAAUCAGCUUAUUAACACACAGAAUCUCAUUGGCUUGAGGUUUUGGAUGCUAUCAAAGACAUACGUUAGUGCUCUAACCAACUGAAUUUAUUUAAAUUUAAAUCAACUGUAAAUCAACAUCAUUUUUUACCGUAAAAUUUUACUUGAUAAAUUAAAACCUCAAGACAUUCACCAGUCGCACUAAUUAACGUCAUCUUAAACGCAAGAUUAACGUGGAUUUUAGUCAGUUAAAUAUGUCUGAGUGAAAAGGAAGUGCCUUUAAGUGGUAUGCUGAAUAUUACGAAAAAUAAAAAAAUAGUACUAAUCUACUUUAAAUAAUAACAUAUAGAGAUUGUAAUAAAAAGAAACCAGUGAAUUUAUCUCUGUCCAUGCUAUCUUGCACGUACGCGAUUGUGACGUUUUUUCUAGUAGGAGGAGCUGAAAAGAUCGAGAGAGAAGGAAUAUAUAUUGAGAAUAAAAAAUAUUAGCUGAGAAAGAGGGAGAGGGAAAAAAUAAUGUGCGAUGAUGGAAGUCGAGAGGGGACGGUGGCCAUUUUGGAGAACAUGAUGUAGUAAAAAGACAUCUGAUCUACAGUAUGAACAUAUAUUUUUUAAAUAUAUUUUGUUUAUCAUUUAUUUAUUUAUUAAAUUAAAACGUUGAUUUUGUUUUAUUGAAUUGUUUCUCGGGAGCGUUGUCUCCGUGUUGAACUUUUUUUAUUUUCUCUUUUCUGUGUAUGAUUUUGUUUGGAUGUUACGUAAGUUGUAAAAUACGGGGACUCUUGUUUAUAUGCACGCAGAUUUUGUAGUCAAAAUUAUGUCAGCGUUCGAAUUAGCAAAUUUUCUUACUCCAUUUCAGAAAAUCCUCCAUUUAUGCGAAAAAAAAGUAAUUCAAAAAAUUUUUUUUUAUCUCAAAAUUAAUUCCAUAUCUAGUAUAUGUAUAUUUUUGUCUAGGUCACUCAAAUAAUAUUUUUUCUGACUAUUAGUAUCUGAAAAUUGCACAGAAUUAUAAAGUUAGACAAUUUGCUAAUUAGAACGUCGAUGUUCAUUAUUAUUAUUUUUUUUUUUAAUUAGUGAUACAGUUUAUUAAUUUUUACCGUCAAUUACACAGAUGGUUUUAAUUUUAUUACCACUAGAUGUCAUUACCAAUUUCAGUAAUUUUAACUACAAAAUUAUCUGCGCGCGCAUCUAGUCUUGUUUAAUUCUCAUGCUACAGCCAUAUGCAGAAAUUAUGAAAAUGGUUCAUUUUUUUUUGUUUUAUUAGUUUAUUAUUAUUGUAUGAGUAUUAUUAUUAAUUGAUUGAUUAAUUAAUUAAUUAACUGAUUAAUUAUUACACACAAUGGAGACGUUAAUGGUCCGCAUUUAGUCCAAGACUUGAAUCGACUAUACAUAAACGUUUUUUUUUUAUUAUCAUCCGAAUCAUAAUGGUCUUUGUAAUUUAAUAUAUGUACGGCUGUUAUUAUUUACUGGAUAAGAGUACAAUGACCUUCGUUGUACUUAUUAUUAUUAUUAUUGCUAUUAAUAAUAUAAUAUUAUUAUUAUGUUGAGUUUUGAAAGAUUUACGAUAUUGAUAUUGACACUGUUUUUUUUUCUUUUUUCAACAAACUGUUAUAUUUUGAAAUAAAAAAAGUCUUGGAUUUAACGCGUUACCAUUCACGCCUACAGUGCAUAAAAAAUAGUCAUAAGGUUACGAGUAUUUAACCUUCGGUUUUGAUUAACGAACCCGCAUUUUUUUUGUGUGUAAAUUCAAACACUGGUUGGUUAAUAAUUUUUUUUGUUUAUUGAAAGUAUUUUUUUUAAAUUAUUAAAUUUUUUUUGUUACUAUAAAUAUGGAAAUCAAAAGAAUCGUUGCAAUAUUUGUGUUUCUUGUGCAAUUUAGUUAAACUUUUUUUUUGUAAUAGAAAAAAAAAAAAACAAAUUUAAAAAAAAAAUAAAAACUGUGCGUUUGCAGCAUAAAAAAUGAGGAAUUAAAUUCUUUUAAUGCAAUGCACUAUUAAAUGCAAUUCAG